CUGCGGCCCGAGGCGCGAGCACGACAUGGUGCUGUCUGAGCUGGCGGCGCGCCUUAACUGCGCGGAGUACAAGAACUGGGUGAAGGCGGGUCACUGCCUGCUGUUGCUGCGCGGCUGCCUGCAGGGCUUCAUCGGCCGCGAGGUCCUCGCCUUCCACCAGAGCCUUCUCGCCGCUGUUCCGGGCCUGGGCACCCGUGCAGCCUGCUGCAGCCUCACGCGGUGCAGUCCGCGCCCCCGCCAGUUUCAGCCUCAGUGUCAGGUGUGUUCAGAGUGGAAACGGGAGAUUUUGAAACAUCACACCAACAGAAAUGGAGACAUUCAUUGGGGAAACUGCCGGCCAGGCCGCUGGCCCGUGGACGCCUGGGAGGUGGCCAAGGCCUUCAUGCCCCGAGGACAGGCAGACAAAGCAGGACCCGAGGAGUGUGAUGCAGUUGCUCUUUUAAAUCUCAUCAACUCCUGUGACCACUUCAAGAUUGACCGGAAGAAAGUCACAGAGGUGAUUAAGUGUCGGAAUGAGAUCAUGCACUCUUCAGAUAUGAAAAUCUCUUCAGUCUGGCUUCGAGAUUUUCAGGUGAAGAUCCAGAAUUUUCUGAAUGAAUUCAAGAAUAUCCCAGAGAUUGUGGCAGUAUACUCCAGAAUAGAGCAGCUGUUGACAUCUGACUGGGCUGUCCACAUCCCUGAGGAAGAUCAGCUAGAUGGAUGUGAAUGUGACACAGGGGCUUACCUGAGUGAGAGCCAAGUAAAUGAAAUAGAAAUGGAAUUACUAAAGGAAAAACUUCAAGAGCUCUAUCUUCAAGCAAAAGAGCAAGAGGUGUUGCCUGAAGAGGUAAAAAAAAAAAGAAGUACUACAUCCUCUGUGGCAGAAAACAAAGCAAGGAAGCGGUAG